AUGAGUGAUGUUACUCAUUCUACGCAGGUUAGCCUGGGUCGAAAUUCUCACAUUCCUGCUUGUACCGAAUGUCGAGCUCGAAAAGCGAAGUGCACCAAGACUCGGCCGUCGUGUGCACACUGUAGAACUCUUAACAAGCCCUGUGUGUAUCCGGAGAAAGUGGCAAGAUCGCCUUUGACUCGACAACACCUCACCGCAGUCGAAAACAGAUUGGAGGUGCUUGAAGCGGCACUGGGGAAGCUGUUUCCUGGUGGUUCCACGGAGACUAUAAUUCGAUCGUUGCUGAUUGACUCGCCGGAUUGCCAUGCUUCUCAACCGGUCAGCACAGAAACCGUCCCACUUUCCCACACACCUGCCGACUUGGCAAGUCAAAGUGAUCCAUCUCUGGUUUCCCAGCAGGGAGGCUCCCCGGAUGUCCAUCUUUUGGUACCACACCCGAGUGAUUUCCAGCCAUCGAUGACAGAUAUAGAUGAGAUUAGAUUGGUUCGAGCGUAUUUCGAGCAGUAUCAUACCAUCUUCCCCUUCAUUCAUGAAGAAACAUUCAUGAAACAAUAUGAGAUAAGAAAUCUUGCCCCGCAAGACUGCGAAUGGGUAAUUCUCUGUGAUAUGCUAUUGGCAGUGGGAUCAUGGUGCCUCCAAGCCAAUGAGGGUAUGAACAGCGGUCACAGAUUCGCUCAGCGAGCAACGAAGAGGUUAGGCCAGUUCGCUAUACUUAGUCAAAUUUCCAUUAGUCUGGUUCAGGCCCUACUUCUGAUGAGUCACUAUUACGAAAAAUAUGGUCAGCCGAGAGAUAGCUGGACAUAUCUCGGUCUUGCAACUCGGAUGUCGAUCAGCCUAGGGCUACACAAGGAGUCAACGUAUUCUCGGCAUGAUAUUUCCCCCUUGACUAAAGAGAUUUGGCGAAGAGUUUGGUGGAGCGUGUAUUGCUUUGAUAGUUGCACAUCGAAGAUCCAUGGUCUGCCCCUCCUGCUACCAGAGGACAAACUGGUUACCGUCAGGCCGGUGUCAAAUGUAGCCGAUGAGGACCUGACAGAGCUAAGUCAGUCCCAUUCGAAUGAGCGGGACGAUUGGACAAUAUAUACCGGACUGAUUUUGCAGUCCAGCUAUCACCGAAUGGCAAACAGUAUUAACCACCAGAUACUCUCUACAGAUCAUGUAACUGUGUUUGAUCUGAAGACAUACGAGCAAAUGAUUAAUGACUGGCAUAAUAACGUCACACUCUGCAUGCAACAUACCAUGGUGGAUCAGCUGCCUGACUGGGCUCGGUAUGCACGCGAUCGGCAAAUGCUCUGUGAUCGGAGCCUCCGACUCCUCAUUCAUCGCCCGGCGCUUCUUAACUGGUUAAGAAGGAAGCGGAUCUCUCAUGGACAGGCCAUCCUCGGGGAGGAACCAGGCGAGCGACAAUGCCGUGCUAGUGGUCUCAAUCUGGCUCGGGGUACCAUAAAACUCACUUCGCGCCUGGUCCAAGACCAUCAGUAUUCUAACGUUGCUCUCUCCUUUAUCCUCUAUGCCCUCGUGCACGCCGUCCUCGUUCCUAUUAUCCAUCUGAAGGCUGAUCCGUCCGUUCCCGAGUCUAUAACAUGGCUUCAAGACAUCGAGGAGGCCAAGCAAACACUGUCCCACCUUUCAAUUCAGCAUGACGCCUUGGCAACUCAUUUUCUAGUCAUCCUCAAUCAGAUCGCCUCAUCGUCUUUUACGGCCACCGAUGAGAGCCAGAACAUAAUGCCCAAUCCGCUGCAGCCCCAUGAUCUGCAGCCUACGGUGACGGGCAUAUUCAGCAACAGUGAGCUCAGACUAUUAGAGCCUAACAUCGCGAGACCUAAUUCCUCAUUGGCCUUUUCGGAGUGGGUAAAUGGCUUACCAUAG